AUGUCAUCAGCAGAUGCGACGUUCAGUUUACUGGACGAAGAAGAAGAAAGAGAUGAAGUUGGACCCUCCUCAAAUAAUGUUCCUCCAAUAACCAAAGGCCGUCCAUCCCUUCGAUCCAUUUCUCUUUCUCAAGCUCCCAGUGCUCCUCGAGAUCUAGAAAAUGGGAAUGGGCAGGCAAGUUGCGCAGAACUUCACAAGAUGGCUGCUGGUUCGACGACUUCUCUGACUUCCCAAUCGAAGAAUGCCAAGAAAGUGAACAAAUUCUACAAGAAACAGAAUGAGUUGUUAGAGAACUUCAAAAAUGACAGUGAACAAAUUGAACAAUUCAAUCGUACCAGACGGCGGACCACCAGUAAGGAAGAAGAUGAUAUCGAUGACAUCAUUGCAGCAGCCAUCCCACCAGUGAUUCCAGAAGAUAGAGCUGUCGUGGCUCCUCUAGUGAAGCAUGUGGAUGGAACAGACGAACCGGAAGUAGUGAUAUUCGACGUGCCACGCAGUCCUAGGAAUCCUAGAAGAAAGCCAAUGGAGAGAAAUGAUACGGAAGAGAAAUCGUUCGACGAGAAGAAAGAAGAUGAGACGAAUGCAGCUGCUCGAAUGGCAAAGAUCACACUUUUCGUUAAUUUCUUGUUGAUGAUUGCGAAGGUCGUGGCAUCUGUGUUAUCUGGAUCCAUGUCUAUUAUCUCUUCAAUGGUAGACUCUGUCGUUGAUAUCACUUCUGGACUUGUCAUUUCCAUGUCGGAAAGGAUGAUCAAGAAAAGAGACCCGUAUUUGUACCCGAGAGGAAGAACUCGUUUGGAGCCACUCGCUCUGAUUCUUAUUAGUGUUAUCAUGGGAAUGGCUUCGAUCCAACUCAUCAUCUCAUCUGUGAGAGGAAUUCAUGAUGGAAUUCAAUAUGAUCUUUACGGUAUUGGAGAAGAACCAAAACUGAAUGUGACUAUCAUUUCCGUGGUGAUAAUGGUGUCUACCGUCCUCAUCAAACUGUCUCUUCAUCUCUUCUGUAAACGAUAUAAGGAACCAUCCGUUAAUGUUCUUGCCAUGGACCAUCGUAAUGACUGCAUCUCCAACACUGUUGCUCUUCUAUGUGCUUGGCUUGGAACUAAGUAUUCAUAUUACUUUGAUCCAGCGGGAGCUAUUAUUGUUUCUCUUUAUAUUCUGUAUACCUGGGUGCAAACUGGAAGAGAACACUUGGCCAAGUUAUCAGGAAAAACAGCAGAGCCAGAGUUCAUCAACAGAAUAAUCAAAGUUUGCUUGGACCACGACAAUAGAAUUUCUCAUAUUGAUACGGUUUAUGUCUACCAUUUUGGAAGCAAGUUCUUGGUAGAGGUUCACAUUGUGCUUGACGAGAACAUGAUCCUUCGUGAAUCUCAUGACAUCAGUGAAACUCUUCAAUCGAAUAUCGAAUCCUUGCCAGAAGUUGAGAGAGCAUUCGUUCAUACGGACUAUGACUAUGAUCAUCAUCCAAAUGACGAGCACAAAGUUGUUUAA